ACACACACAAGCCAAAAAACAAAUUGCAUAUACAAGAACCAUAUAAGAGUCCAACAGCCGAGAACAUUAACCCUCCGGAGGGUUCAUCUGCAUAAAUGAGGACGUUUGGGUCGACCCUUUCGAAUCCCCCAAAAAGUCCCCAGACCAUCGGCCGUGGAGCGUCGAAGUACUCAGUGGGAGACUGGUACCAAGAAGGUUGGAACGCCUGUCUGAAAGUCAACUCGGGCUGUUGAUGAGAAGUUCGCAGAUGCAACCACAAGAAAACUGGAAAGAAUUUGUAGAAGCUCACUUGCUGGUGGGACACAUUCUUGAUGGUCUGAUCGUCUUGACUAAACGGGGGAACUCAAUCUACUCAUGCGGCAACCUUAAGGAUCUUCAUCAGAAAUUCUACUCCCAGUUUCUUGUUAUCUUUAAUACGACUUCUGAAGAGCAAGAAUCUGCACUAUGCCAAAAGGGAUUUGUUCUGAAGACUACCAAAGAUGAUCAGGAAAUUAAGUACAUUAUUUACAGCAAGAACUUUUGCAGGUACAUGAACAUGUAAGCAUAUUUUAAGCAUCACAUAGCCCUAGCCAAGUUCUAGCCCUACUGGUCUCUUGCAUACAUUAAAUCCGCUUAUCUAAAACAAAGGUAUGGCAGAGGUAAAGAAGAGGAGGGACGCAGUGGCUGUUACAAUAUCAUGCUUCAAUAAUUUGGUGAUUGGCGUUAUCUUAAAAGAAAGCAGUUUCAUCCUAAAUGCAGACUUACAAAAUAGAUACAAGCAUC